UGUGUUCCGGGGCUCGGUCACUGUGUUGGAAAUUACACCAGAGCUCCUCUGUUUUUAUAGUCACUUUACUUAGAUAAUACCGAGCUGUUUAUUGGCACAAAUAGACGCUUUUGAUAUUUUAUAUUGAAGAUGAAUUUCUUCAGAGGAGUGAUGGGAGGGCAGGCUACCGGGCCCCAACCGUCAGGAGCGGAGACGAUUCAGAAACUGUGUGACCGGGUCGCCUCCUCCACACUACUAGAAGAUCGCAGAGAUGCUGUUCGAGCUCUGAAGUCCCUCUCAAAGAAAUACCGCAUGGAAGUUGGCACACAGGCAAUGGAUAACUUGAUUAACAUUUUGCAAACAGACAGAUCUGACUCAGAAAUCCUGGGCUACGCUUUAGACACACUCUACAACAUAAUCAGCAACGAUGAGGAGGAGGAACAAGAUGAAUCAGAAGAUGAAAAUGCGCAGAAGCAGGCAGAUGACCUCGGGACCCUGUUUACAGAGAAAUUCCUCCAGGAUUCAGAGAAUAUAACCUUACUCCUCACCCUCCUGGAGGAGUUUGACUUCCACGUGCGCUGGCCUGGUGUAAAGCUGCUUACUGCUCUGCUGAAGACUCAGGGAGUCCAGGUGCAGGGGAUCAUUCUUGUCAGCCCUAUGGGUGUUUCCAGAUUAAUGGACCUUUUGGCAGACUCAAGAGAAGUAAUCCGUAAUGAUGGCUUAUUGUUGCUUCAGCAGCUGACCAAAGGCAACGCAGCCAUUCAGAAAAUUGUGGCAUUUGAGAACGCCUUUGAGCGUCUUCUAGAUAUCAUCACAGAAGAGGGCAGCAGUGAUGGAGGCAUCGUGGUGGAGGAUUGUUUGUUAUUGCUACUGAACCUGCUAAAGAACAACAGCUCCAACCAGAACUUCUUUAAGGAGGGUUCCUACAUCCAGAGGAUGAAGCCUUGGUUUGAAGUGGGGGAUGAUAACUCCGGCUGGUCUGCACAGAAAGUCACAAACCUCCACCUCAUGCUUCAGCUGGUGCGAGUGAUGGUGUCACCCGUUAACUCACCCGGAGCGACUGCAAGCUGUCAGAAGUGUAUGUACCAGUGUGGCCUGCUGCAGCAGCUCUGCACCAUUCUGAUGGCAACUGGUGUCCCUGCUGACAUCCUUACAGAGACCAUAAACACAGUUUCAGAAGUUAUCAGAGGCUCACAGGUCAACCAGGACUACUUCGCUUCUGUCAAUGCUCCGUCAAACCCUCCGAGGCCAGCCAUCGUGGUGCUGCUGAUGUCCAUGGUGAACGAGAGGCAACCGUUCGUGCUUCGCUGCGCGGUCCUUUACUGCUUCCAGUGUUUCCUUUACAAGAACCAGAAAGGUCAGGGGGAGAUCGUUGCCACCCUGCUGCCCUCCACCAUCGAUGCCAACUCCAUCUCUGCAGGCCAGCUGCUCUGCGGAGGCCUGUUCUCAGCAGACUCUCUUUCUAACUGGUGCGCUGCCGUAGCCUUGGCUCACGCCUUGCAGGACAACCUCACCCAGAAGGAGCAGCUGCUGAGGGUGCAGCUGGCCACCAGCCUGGGCAAGCCACCGGUCUCUCUGCUGCAGCAGUGCACCAACAUUCUGUCUCAGGGUGAUAAGAUCGUCCGGAGGGGCAGUAAAGUUCAGACCAGAGUGGGCCUCCUCAUGCUGCUCUGCACAUGGAUCAGCAACUGUCCCAUCGCUGUCACACACUUCCUACACAACCAGGAUAAUGUCCCAUUCCUUACGGCUCAGAUCUCAGAGAAUCUGGGAGAAGAUGAGCGAUUGGUGCAGGGUCUUUGUGCGCUCCUGCUUGGUAUCUGCAUCUUCUAUAACGACAACUCCCUGGAAAACUAUACAAAGGAGAAGCUAAAGCAGCUGAUAGAGAAACGCAUCGGGAAGGAAAACUUUGUGGAGAAGCUCGGCUUCAUCACCAAACAUGAGCUGUAUUCCCGGGCGGCGCUGAAGCCACAGCCGGUUUUCCCGUCUCCGGAGCAGAUGCUGUUUGACCACGAGUUCACCAGGCUGGUCAAAGAUCUGGAAGGUCUGAUCACCAAAGCUGUUCACAAGUCCUCCGAGGAGGAGAAGAAGGAAGAAGAGGUGAAGAAGACAUUAGAGCAACAUGAUAAUAUUAUAACUCAGUAUAAAGAGCUGAUCAGAGAACAGGACACUCAGAUUCAGGAGCUGAAAGAGAAAGUAACAUCGAUGACUAACCAGACAGAACAGCUGCAAGCUACCAUCAGCCAGCAGCAGUCUCAGAUUCAGCAGCACAAGGACCAGUACAACAUCCUCAAGCUCAAAUUAGGGAAGGAAAAUCAGAGUCAGUCCAACAACCAAGGAGAAUCUCAGGUGAACGGGCUGCAGACGGAGGAGCUGUCUCAGCUCAGGGAGGAGCUGGAGGAGCUACGGAGGCAGCAAAUAGUCCUGCAGACACAGCUCGGGGAGAAGGAUGCUCUCAUCGACAGCCUGAAAUCGGCAGCCCAAACAGCAGAGGCUCCAGCAGGAGGAUCAGACAACUCUGAGCUUCUCCAGGAAUUGGAGGCGUUAAAGAAGCAGGUUCAGACCCAUCUGGCAGAAAUCGGCCAUCUAAAGACGGAGAGGCAGGAGCUGCUGAGCAGAGCUGAAUCAGCGUCCUCUGACACAGCGCCCCCUAGUGACAGCUCCUCAGAUGCUGCCAAGGCAGAACUGGAGAGCAGACUGGCAGCUCAGACGUCUGAGAUGGAGAGCCUUAAGGAAAGUCGAUCAGAACUGGAGAAGCAACUGGCUUCAGCCACAAGCACAGUGGCCAUCCUGCAGACGGAGAAGUCAAAGCUGCAGACCGAGGUCCAAGAGUCCAAGAAGGAGCAGGACGACCUGCUGAUGCUGCUCGCAGACCAGGACCAGAAAAUCCACAGCCUCAAGCAGAAACUCAAAGACCUUGGAGAGACGGUGGAAGAUGAAGACGACAUCGAUGCCCGGGACCAGACAUCUGACGAGGAGGAUGAAGAUGAAGACUAGGCAGAAAACACUACAGAAAGAAGAGAAGAAAAGACUCCACACCUGAGAGACGGAGGAAUGGGACUAGAAUGUCUUCACUGAUCCAGUUUCUCCUCCAGCUGCCGUGCUGUCUUUGUUUUCCUGUAAUCGGUCGCGUCACACGAGCACGUUGAGUUUAGGACAUUUUCAUGUUCGAGUUGAGGCUGAUCUUCCAGUUUCAGAUGGAAAAAAGAUGUUUAAGCUAGUCUGUGCAUUCAUCUCCACCGUGUUCCUCAUCUGCCUUGUUCAUUUAGUUCUGCUGUUAUAUUUGUUCUAAUCACAAAACAGAAGUGAGGUUAAUUUAUCACUGUUAAUGUGGAGAAUCUGAGGAGCAUUUAAAUGGUAGCAUAGUGUGACAGAGUUUUACAGGACGUCCUGUUCCCACUAAAGUCUCCUGCUUGCUCCAGCAGGAUUUGCUUGGAUUUGCUCCUCCUUCAUGUUCAGUACCAUCUUAGUGUUUCUUAACACUCAGUUGUUCAUUUCAUCCCGACGGCUCCAACUGCUCUACGAUAUGCUGCAAAACACUGAUGGAAAACAUGUAAAGACCGAGGAAAAUGAGACGUAUUUUUUCAACUUUUUGUGCAGUUCUGGCAUCCAGCUUCUGUAUGAUACUGUAACUUAUCAACUUAAGAGCCACCUUGAGAAAAAUUAAUGAUCUAUCUGUAUGCCGUAUGGAAAAAUAUUUGUAGAUAAAUAAAAUU